AUGAAUUGGAAACAAGUUUAUGCUUUCUCAGAACACAGAACCAAAAGAAUAUUAUCUGGAAAUGCGAAGUUCAAAGAACAUAAAUCCAAUAUACAUAGUCCAAGAAGUAAAACUUUCUUUAACAUUCAAGAUAGUCAGCAUUCUCAUAAGGACACCAUGAUUGGGCUUCAGAGGAUUUCAAAAGAGAUCGUAGAAAGUCUAACCAAAGCUUUAACUCCAAAUUUUAAAGUUCGUUAGAAUUCCCCAAAACCCAUACCUCAAGAAUAGGAACAGAAAUAAAUCCUAAAAUCCAACAAGGAACCUGAAAUAAUAAGAUAACCUUUGGAAUAAAUGGAAAACGUUAAGCAAAAUAAAGAAAUAGAAAAUGUUGAGUAUAUUAACUUUACCAAAUUGGCUAGGAAGAUAUCGCAACAGCCAAUCAAAGAAAUUAAAAUUUAAAAAAAUGAGUAAAAAAUAACGAGAUAGAGAUCUCAAGAUUUCCAUUCAAAACAAGAAGAAUGGUUAAGAAAGAAAAAUGAAAAAGUAUUCAAACAAAGAAUUGAAUAACAAUGUUAACAAUAAAGGAAGGAAAAUCGUCUAAGCUUCUUAGAGAAAUCUUAGACCGAUAGAUUUUAAUGAUUACUUAAUAUUUUACCUACUUCACUAUUAUUUCUAAUAAAUUAUGAAUUUUUUA